AUGAAGUUGAAAGGAGAGAAGCAGGAGAGCUCUGACAACAAUGAAGGUUCCAAGGGGAAAAUGACACCCGUGCUUGCCGUGGUGACACUGAUAUCUGCAUUUGGAUCUUCUUUCCAGUAUGGCUACAACGUGUCUGUGAUCAGUUCUCCAGCCCCGUACAUGCGAGACUUUUACAACCAAACCUACUUCAACAGGAAUGGAGUGCUGAUGGACGGUGGCUUCCAGACACUGCUCUGGUCCCUUACUGUGUCCAUGUACCCUCUGGGAGGCUUUUUUGGGUCCCUCAUGGUGUGGCCUCUGGUCAACAAUUGUGGCCGAAAGGGCACUUUGCUGAUAAAUAACCUCUUCUCCAUUGUUGCUGCAAUCCUUAUGGGAACCUCAGAGAUAGCAAAAACCUUUGAAAUAAUCAUCUUUUCACGUUUUCUCGUGGGAAUAUAUGCUGGUUUGGCUUCCAAUGUGGUUCCCAUGUUCCUUGGAGAACUGUCCCCCAGAAACCUGAGAGGUGCUAUUGGGAUAGUACCACAGCUCUUCAUCAGUGUUGGGAUCCUUGUAGCCCAGAUAUUUGGUCUCGACGUCAUCCUUGGGAAUGCAGAAGGCUGGCCUGUGCUGCUGGGGCUCACUGGGAUCCCAUCACUGAUCCAGCUCCUUGUAUUGCCCUUUUUCCCUGAGAGUCCAAGAUAUCUGCUGAUACAGAAGGGCAAUGAAGAGCAAGCACGAAAAGCUCUCCAGAAGCUGAGGGGCUGGACUGAUGUGGAUGAUGAGAUAGAAGAAAUGCGCCAGGAAGACCGUUCAGAAAAGGAAGAAGGACAGUUCUCUGUGCUCAGCCUGUGCACCUUCAAAGGCUUGCGAUGGCAGCUCAUCUCUAUCAUUGUCAUGAUGAUGGGCCAGCAGCUCUCUGGGGUUAAUGCGGUCUUCUACUACGCAGAAAGAAUCUUCCAGUCGGCAGGAGUGGACAAAAACAAUGUUCAGUAUGUCACUGUGUCAAUAGGUGGCAUCAACGUCAUCAUGACUUUGCUGGCUGUUUUCAUUGUGGAAUCCCUGGGGAGGAGAGUCCUCCUCCUUGCUGGUUUUGGAUUGUGCUGUGUCUCCUGUGCAGUGUUAACCUUGGCCCUUAAUCUCCAGACAACUGUCUCGUGGAUGUCUUACCUCAGCAUAGUCUGUGUCGUCGUCUACAUCGUUGGACAUGCCAUUGGAGCCAGUCCCAUUCCCUUCGUGAUGAUCACUGAGAUGUUCCUGCAGUCGUCCCGGCCCGCGGCGUUCAUGGUGGGUGGGUCUGUGCACUGGCUGUGCAACUUCACCGUGGGCUUCGUGUUCCUCUACAUGGAGGCUGGGCUGGGGCCAUACAGCUUCCUCAUCUUCUGUGCCAUCUGCCUCGCCACUAUAGUUUACAUCUUCAUUGUUGUUCCUGAGACCAAGAACAAAACCUUCAUGGAAAUCAACAAGAUCAUGGCCAAGAGGAACAAGGUGGAGAUUCAGGAAGACAAAGAAGAGCUUAAAGAUUUCCAAGCUGUCUCAGAUGGGCAGGCAAAGAAGAAAGCAAUCUCCAGCAGUGAGCUGUGA